AUGGACUUUGCAACAUGGAGCACCGUCGAAGUUGGCACGGGGAUGACAGCCUCUUCCUUGGCAUGCCUCCGGCCGCUCUUCCAAAACAUGCGAUACGUAUGGCGUGGCAGCGGACAAGGACCGUCUAAUCGCUGGUGGCAGUUGCGAGCAAACCGCCGCCGCCAGCGCACCCCCCGGGACGUACUGCCUGCUGCUCGGGAUGGUAUCGAAGCUGGCACGUGGGACUACAACCACGACCCCACGAUCAACCCGGCGUCCGCAGGCUCUGCGGAAGCCAGGGGCAGGGGCUCCCGAGGCAACGCCCGUGGGAGCCAUGGAGCAGAAAGAGUGUGGUUCCAGAACCUGUUGCAACUUUCAGCGAAAACCACGUCGACAAUCUUGACUCUUACACGCCGCGGCAGGGACGGGCAGAAUGACGGAAGGGACAGCAUGUCACUGGCGGAAAACGGACUAGCUACCACUGCCGGUGUCGAGGAGGAUGCUCGUGCUGUCCUGGAUGAGGAUCCAGGGGUUCGGUCAUUGCCUCACAUAUCCCGACAAGACUCUGGUAUCCAAAUCCCAAUGGAAUAUUCGAUCUUCAGUCUCGACAAGGGCCAGCACACGGGAAGUGACAAGUGA